UAUACAGUUUUGGUCAGAACAUGGCCUGACGGACGUCCUUGUCAUUACUGUCGUUGAGUCAAGAAUGCCAUCAUUGUUCAACAUGGAGACAGACAUAUUCGGAUGGACAAGCUUCGGCAAAUGAAAAAGUUUAUGCAAAAACUUCAAGCGCUAAAUCUACAAACUUUAAAACACGUUAAGUAGAUGGCGUUAUACCAUCCAUUACCAAUGCUACAUACAACAACAUUAGUAGAUAUUCCCCGUUGAUAAGAGUGGAUAAAAAGCCAGUGGGUUUGCCUUCAAGUCAGAGAUCACAAUUUGAGCUUGUUCUAGUGUGAAAAAGGAUCACAGAUUUGCCACCAUGGUCAGGGUAAGUCAUGACACUACGAUCUUUGAAUAAGCCUUAAAAGCGUUGACCGUGAGCGUGGUAUUCUUGACUCAAUGCAUCUAACGUUAGUGUUUUUCCCCACAAUGACUACCAUUUUCAGUUUCUUGCAGUCGGUUUGGUUUUAAAAAAGGUUACUUUGUAUACAAAUACAAAGUAACCUCUUUUUGGUUUUUAAAAAAGUUCCUUUGUGUACAAAUUAAACCAAGCCGACUGCAAGAAACUGAAAAUGGACUUACUCAUUGUGGGGAAAACACUAGAUGUAACACCUUGACCAGAUCUUCUGUCUGUGCAUGUACGACAUUUACUACAACUAUAGUUCGGUCAAAUUAGCUAGUAUAGAGUCACUACUUUUAAGUCACCAUUUGGUAUGGCAUCCUUUCAGACUCUACUCUUCAGCCUGAUGACUGUUGUGUUGCUUGUUGGUGGUGGCUGGGGUGAUGUCACCUUUUCUGCCGAGAUUUCUCAACAAGAUGCUCAAGAAGACAGGUUGAACCACCAUGUGGACGUUAAAGCCCAGAGGAACGACCCUCUCCCCGGUACGCCUACCUUUGAGGACUGCGCCGCCCUUUACCCCCACCUCUCCGCGAUCAGCACAACGCAAAACGGAGUCUUCUACAUCAAACCACAGUCUGUCCCUGACCAGUUUGAGGUCUACUGUGACGUGACUACAGAUGGCGGCGGCUGGACCGCCAUACAGAGGAGGUUUGAUGGAAGGGUCAACUUUAACAGAAACUGGGCAGACUACAAAAAUGGGUUUGGCAGGGUCACGGGUGAACACUGGCUUGGACUGGAUAAAAUCCACGCCUUGACAACACAGGGUAGUUAUGAACUUUAUGUGGAGGUAGGGGAUUGGGAAGGUAAUUUUGCUUAUGCUAUAUAUGAUACCUUUAGCAUCGGGGAUGAGGGUACGGAGUAUAGACUGGACAUAGGGGGCUACAGUGGGGAUGCCGGGGACUCUAUGAGUGACAGUGAUGGUAGGAGGUUCAGUGCCAGAGACGUGGACAAUGAUGCUAUGCUUGCUACCGACUGUGCUCAGCGGAAUUCAGCAGGCUGGUGGUAUUACCGUUGUGCUGACUCCACCCUGAACGGCCCCUACUACCAACUAGAUGACUAUAACGGGCAGGACACAGGGCGGGGGGUCUUCUGGCAGCACUGGAAGGGUUACUGGUACUCACUGAAAACCACCAAGAUGAUGGUGCGGCCUCGAAACUUUAAACGCAAUCUGUAACUUUACGAUAUCGUAAAAGAACGUUGCUCGAUGCAACGCAGUUCUGUAGGACUUGCAAACAUUAAUGCCAGCUUCACAUGCACAAAUGUACAUGUAUUUCAUGUGUUGGGAAUAUCAUGAUCAUUGUGAAAGGCAGGAAUCUCAAAGCUAGGAAUUCUGCUGUGUUAAGUACACUGCGUCCUGAGUCAUACAUGUACAUGUGUGCG